UGUACAACCUCUCGAUGGAGUAUUCGUCUGAUGAUAUCGCAGCAGCGAGGAGCUUGCAGCUCGCUGCGUACUGUCAGAACCCCUUAUUCUUUGCCCUAACACAGUUCAGCGUCGAUGGCUACAUUUUGGUGGACAUUUUUACUUCGAUCGCACUGGAGCAAGGUAAAAGGCUUGUAUGUUGUUACGCGAUACCUCCCCUUUAUCAUUCUCACCACGAGUCUAUAUCAAAUGCCGAGUGUUUUACAAAUAUUAACACAGGCUUUUGUAUAGUAUCAGUCAUUUGCUCCGAAUGCUUUUUCAUCAUCAGAACAUAUGCGCUUUGGAACAAGAAUAAAAUCUUACUAGCAGCCGUGCUGUCUGCCUUUUGCAUGCAACUAGCGCGGUCCUGGGCAUCACAGGGUGCUACCACAGCUCGACUAGUUUUCGGCUCUUCAUACCAUUUCUCCUCCUUGCCUGGUUCGAACUGGACCUGGCGGAUAAGCCCAACCCGUCUGUACGUUGUCCUGGUGAAACAUAACAUAUUCUAUUAUACAUGUGGUUUUUUGUUCUCGGUAACGAACAUAUUCGCAUCGAUGCACCUCCAUUAUUCCUACCACGCCUUGUUGUAUGAUUUCCAAUUCAUGAUCCUCGCAAUCCUCGCGACGCGCAUGCACCUCCAUCUCUGGGUGGUGAACCGACAUGCACACAGCUCUGGCGCCCCUCGUGAUGUCUCAUCUUGUGGCUUAUUCGGUGUCGUUCGUGGAGCGAGGCUUGCGCUGUACGAGAUGACUGGUGGGGGUUGA